GCGCUCGGCGUCUGGAGGUGCUUCGCGCUUCGCGCCGCGCCCCAAACAGCCGGAGCGUGGCUCGGGGCGUGGCGCUUACGUAAACACGCGUGGCUCACAGCUCGUGUUACAGGCGGCGCGGUGCCGCGCCACUGUCCGUCCCAGAACGACCCCAUGUUGGCCCGCGCCGCCAUCUAAGUUUAUGUGGAUAGUAGCGCGCACCCUGUCGCGCGGCCGCCGCUGCCACUGUCACCACCGCCGAUUAACGCGCUUAUAGCAUCAAGAGUGGAGAUGCAGACGCGCACAGCGCUGAUGGCGCUAGCGGCGCUGGGAGCGCUGGCGGCGGCGGCGGCGACGGCGGCGGCAGCGGAGCGGGGCAGCGGCAUCAAGGUGGGCGGGGGAGGCGCGGGCGGCGGCGCGCGGGACGGCGGCCGCGGCGGCGGCGUGCGCAUCGGCGUCGACGGGCUGCGGCGGCCGCGCACCUCGCCCGCGCCGCCUCCGCCGCGCGCUCCCUCAUCCAUCACAGCAGCGCUUGUCGUGCCACAUAAAGCCUUUGGCACACGUGAUUACACUAAGGCCGAGAAGGCAGCGCUAUCAAAGUUGCCGCGUAAACUAAAACUCUUCUCGCACGUGCGCCUAAAUAUUACGCUUUCUACGCAAGGCUUGACGCCUAGUCCUAUGUCUAUCCUGGAUUCGCUAUGUAAGGAAUUUCUAGCGGUCAAUGUGUCUGCUAUCCUCUAUCUUAUGAAUCAUGAACAAUAUGGGCGCUCUACUGCCUCUGCACAGUAUUUUCUACAACUCGCCGGCUAUCUUGGCAUUCCGGUUAUAGCGUGGAAUGCGGACAACAGCGGUCUCGAAAAGCGAGCGUCGCACGCCUCUUUGCGGCUGCAGCUCGCUCCCUCGAUAGAACACCAAACAUCGGCCAUGCUAUCAAUUUUAGAACGAUAUAAGUGGCAUCAAUUCAGUGUUGUUACUUCAGCCAUAGCAGGCCAUGACGACUUUAUACAGGCUGUUCGUGAAAGAGUUACAGCUCUACAAGAUCGAUUUAAAUUUACGAUAUUGAAUGCAAUUGUGGUAAAGCGGUCUUCGGACCUAAAUGAGCUGGUUACGAGCGAAGCGCGCGUGAUGUUGCUAUACGCGACGCGCGAAGAAGCCGCCGAGAUAUUGUCGGCCGCCGGUGACUUGCAUCUCACUGGCGAGAAUUUUGUAUGGAUAGUCACACAAAGUGUUCUUGGUUCGAUGCAACAGCCGAACAAAUUUCCAGUGGGAAUGCUUGGUGUACAUUUCGAUACGUCAAGUUCAUCGUUAAUCGCGGAGAUAGCUACAGCAGUAAAGGUGUUCGCGUACGGUGUGGAAUCGUAUGUGUCAGAACCCGAGAACAUACGCUACCCGCUGGGAACACGGCUGUCGUGCAGCGGCGCGGGCGCGGGCGAGGCGCGCUGGUCCACCGGCGAGCGCUUCUACCGACACCUGCGCAACGUCAGCGUCGAGGGCGAGGCGGGCCGCCCCAGCAUAGAGUUCACGCCCGACGGAGAACUCAAAGCUGCCGAACUCAAAAUUAUGAAUUUACGGCCGGCACUCGGAGAACAGCUGGUAUGGGAAGAAAUCGGUACGUGGAAUUCAUAUCCAAGAGAAAGGCUAAUUAUUAAAGACAUAGUAUGGCCGGGCGGCUUACACACCCCACCUCAGGGCGUGCCGGAGAAGUUCCAUAUGCGUAUAACAUUUUUGGAAGAGCCUCCUUACAUCAACCUGGCACCGCCGGAUCCCGUGAGCGGGCGGUGCUCGCUGGACCGCGGCGUCAUCUGUAGAGUGGCGCCGGAGGUGGAAGUGGCUGGUUUGGAGGCGGGCGCGGCGCACGGGAACAGUUCGCUGUACCAGUGCUGCAGCGGCUUCUGCAUAGAUUUGCUGCAGCAGCUGGCGGAGCAGCUGGGCUUCACGUACGAGCUGGUGCGCGUCGAGGACGGCCGCUGGGGCACGCUACAUCACGGCAAAUGGAAUGGUCUCAUUGCAGAUCUAGUCAAUAAAAAAACUGAUAUGGUGCUAACGUCGCUGAUUAUAAAUUCAGACAGAGAGGCUGUGGUGGAUUUUAGCGUACCUUUCAUGGAAACAGGGGUUGCAAUCGUAGUAGCUAAGCGAACAGGCAUCAUAUCGCCGACGGCAUUUCUGGAGCCGUUCGACACAGCCUCCUGGAUGCUAGUGGGAGCAGUCGCCAUACAAGCGGCGACUUUCUCAAUAUUCUUCUUCGAGUGGUUAUCCCCGAGUGGAUUCGAUUGUUCAACUGGCAACAAUUCAAAACGAGUGCCACAGAAUCGAUUUUCUCUGUGUCGAACUUAUUGGAUUGUUUGGGCAGUUCUUUUUCAGGCAUCCGUGCACGUGGACUCACCUCGAGGUUUUACUGCUCGUUUUAUGACCAACAUGUGGGCUAUGUUUGCGGUGGUAUUUCUUGCGAUAUACACUGCCAACCUAGCUGCCUUCAUGAUCACGCGGGAAGAAUAUCACGAGUUGAGUGGAUUGGACGAUCCGCGGAUAGCGAGGCCUCUCACUCAGCGACCGCCACUGAAGUUCGGAACAGUACCGUGGUCCCACACAGACGCGACUCUUGCCAAAUAUUUUACAGAGCCUCAUGCAUACAUGGCUCGGUACAAUCGUAGCACCGUAAGUGCAGGCGUCACCUGUGUACUCACAGGAGAGCUCGACGCCUUCAUUUACGAUGGCACUGUACUAGACUAUUUAGUAUCACAAGAUGAAGACUGCAGGCUUUUAACUGUAGGUGCAUGGUACGCUAUGUCCGGAUACGGGCUAGCGUUCACUCGUAAUUCUAAAUAUGUCAGUAUGUUUAAUAAAAGAUUACUCGACUUAAGAGCAAACGGUGAUCUAGAAAGAUUACGAAGGUAUUGGAUGACGGGGACGUGUAAGCCCAACAAACAAGAACACAAGUCGUCCGACCCCCUGGCGUUGGAACAGUUCUUGUCGGCGUUCCUGCUGCUGAUGGCGGGCAUCUUGCUGGCGGCGCUGCUCUUGUUGCUGGAGCACGUGUACUUCCGAUACCUGCGCUCACACCUCGCGGCCUCCAGCGCGGGCUCGUGUUGCGCGCUUGUGUCUUUAUCUAUGGGUCAAUCCCUUACAUUUCACGGCGCCGUCGUGGAGGCGGCGGCGCGUGGAUUUGGUGAACGGAGUCAUUGCCGUUCCGCAGUUUGUGCUGCACAGGUGUGGCGAGCGCGGCACGAGCGUGACAUGGCCGUGGCGCGCGCGCGGCAACUGGCGGCGGCGCUGGCGGCGCACGGGCUGGCCGCGCCGCCGCGCCGCCUCGCCUCGGCGGGCGCGCUGCUGGCGGUGGGCCGCCACGACGCCACGCACGUGCGGACGCUGCGCCCGCCCGCCGAUCUGCUGCCCGACCUCGAUAGACCGCUCUCUUGCGGAGAUUUACGCUCAAGAGAACGGACGCGAGUAGAAAUGGAAACAGUGCUGUGAGGCGUGUAUAGCGCCACCCUAUUUCAAUUCCUGAAGGCUGUUCUUACACCAAGUUAUACAAAACGAAAUUAGUUAUACCUAAUGUUAAAAUACGGACAGAUAAAAAAACGUUGUAAUUAUUAAAUAAACUAUUACAAUUAUUAAAACAGAGAGCUGGAUGUAGAUAGCGAAGCGUUGUUGUGGGACUCGCGCGCGGUGCAGGCUGGGCGCCGGGCGCGUGCCCCCGUGUUGUCUACUACAAUAAAAUAUAUUUUUUGGACAAUA